AUGCGUGCAACAUUCAUUUUUGCUAUAAUUUUUGGAUUUUUGGCAGUUUUAGCUACUGCAUAUCCAGCUGAAUCACCAGAAUUAGAUGCAAAUCAAAGAGAAUUAAUUAGUGCAAAUGAUGAUAGUUUACAAGUUGAAAAUACACCACGUAAAACACGUCAAUUCUUUGGUGGAUAUGGUGGAUAUGGUGGAUACGGUGGUUUCGGUGGUUUCGGUGGAUUUGGUGGAUUCCGUCGUUUUGGCUAUGGUGGAUAUGGUGGAUUUGGUGGAUUUGGAUAUCCAGGUUUUGGUGGAUUCGGAGGAUAUUAUGCUGUUGCACAUGUAAUAAGCUAUCCAAUAGCUGACGUACAAAAAGCCGAAUCACCAAUUACACUUGUGGAUAUAGAAGAUGUGAAUAAACACUCUAAUCUGUCACCAAGAGUUGCACGUACUAAAUAUGGUGGAUAUGGAGGAUUUGGAAGUGGCGGCUUCGGUGGAGGUGGCUUUGGUGGAGGUGGGUUCGGUGGUGGUGGAUUUGGUGGUAUUGGUGGUCUUGGUGGACUUGGGGGCCUUGGCGGGGGCGGCUAUGGUGGAUAUGGGGGCGGCGGGUUUGGUGGACUUGGAGGAGGAGGACUUGGUGGAAUAGGUUUGGGUGGAGUAGGUUUAGGAGGAUUAGGUGGUAGCUAUGGUGGUGGUUUUGGAGGUGGAGGUUUCGGAGGUGGUGGCUUUGGUCGUGGCUUUGGCCGUGGUUUCGGUGGCGGUUUUGGUGGCGGUUUCAAGAAAUUUGGUGGUAGUUACGGUGGAUACUAUGGCUAA